AUGUCACUAUCUAUGCUUGUGAAGAAGCGAUCAUAUUCAUGCCAUCAAAACAGCCUAAGACACUCGUUUGAAUGGCCUACUACUUGCCAGCCUAUUUCGAAUCCCAACCCAAUACUAAACCCAACCCAAUCCUAUCUCAAUCUAACAAAGUGGAGAGCUGUUUGGGGAAUGGGUAUCUUGCUAGUGUUUUUGAAUGGGAUGGAAUUGGUUAGAGGCUCGAACUUGGCAAUACAACCAUUGCUGCCAACUGCGGAUGAAAUGUUGAACGUACUGCAAUCAAUUGGAUUUUUAGUUAGCCACAAACCAAGCAUUAUUGUUGCAUUUUACAAUCCUAGCCAAUCUUCAGAGUUUGACUUGAGUUCUGCUUCGGUAGUCAACCCCAUACCACCACAACACAAUACCAUACCAACCCAACUCAACUCAAUACCACCACAACUCAACCCCAUGCCACCUCAACUCAACUCAAUACCACCUCAACUCAACUCAAUACCACCUCAACACAAUACCAUACUAACUCAACUCAACCCAAUACUAACUCAACUCAAUCCCAUACCACCUCAACCUAGCUUAACUAUGUCUGCACUCGACAAUACGCCUAGCUAUGUUGUAUCUUUUUCAGACAAAUACAUCAAGUUUGUACUAGCACCAUACCUAGACCAACAAGCGGCUAUUAGGGUCUUGUGUGUUCUAAGAAGAAUUGCGGCUAUUAGGGCUACACACGUCGUGAUUUGCUACCAAACUACUCGUGACUGUUGUUGCGAAAACCUGCAGAUUCUUUCUCGGCUGGCCAACAUGUUUGAGUGUACAGAGAUCGAGUUUUGCUUUGAUUGGCAGCAGAAGGCUAACAAAAACUCCGUUGCUUGGGAUUUGAUCACCUGCUGUAAUGAGGCGAUAAACACACUCAAUCACACAAAUCGCAGCCCGCUGCACUUGAGCGUGCUUGUUACCGGGUGCUCGAUGCGGUCUCUGGAGACCAUGCUCUGUGGCAUCAUUAUUCUGCGGAAACUGUUGAGUAUCAGCUUUUUUGGGGAAUACAUCUCAAACAUCUCCUAUAUUACCACGCUGCCUCUAAUAGAAUGCUACCACAUCAGAUUUAACUGGGACCACGGCGUGCGUGUUAUUGACCUCGGCUUUCUUCAAGCCUUUCCAAAUCAAUGUAGCAUGAUUAUUCUGAAAACCAUUAACCCUAUCGGCCUAUCCCUCACCGGUCUUGAGAAUCUAAUGACCAACCACUCACGGCUCAUUCUGUUUAGCCACUGGCCCAUCAUUCGGCACCUUGGCGAACACAACAGCACCCCAAUCCGAGUUUUUGGGUUAAUAGGCAUUGAGGACAGCACGGCGUCCAUCCAAGAAAUGCUUGGCAAACGCCAAGUAGCAGCACCUCCUCCCCCGCAACUUUUUGCUACUUACGCUGUUUGCUGCCCCACCACUACACUCCCCUGCGAUAUCCUGGGAUACUGCAAGCAUAUAUACACUCGCGAGGCUCUUGCCAACUGCGGCAUCUCAACAAGAAUCCUCCUGCACAUUUACGAGCAAAACCGGCUUGACCUGUACACCACCUUAAACAUUCUUUAUCAGGCCAAAGCGUUGUUAAUGAUACCAGAGAAGAUUCAACGGAGGGAGAUUGUGUGUCUUGGUGAUAAACUCAGCGACCCCCGGUGGGUGCUAAAAGAGAAAGUUGAUCUCAAACUAACAAACUACACUGCCGAUGAUGCACAUGUGUUCUUCUGCCAGAAUAUCUACUACACAGACAUUAGCAUUGGCAACCAAGCCGGGCCUGAAUGCUACUACAAACUUAACAAGUGCCUCAAGGUUCUGAACCUGUUCCAGAACAUCAAGGCCGACAAGCUCCGCUUGCUGAACAUAUACGAAGACGUCCAGGUCACUAACCACUUUGACAUGAACAUUCUCCUAAGAGAAAUGAACACAAGGCCCUGCUACCGCCUUUGUCUCCAGGUGUUGGUGCUUGACAAUGUCGAUAUCCGCAUUCUGUACUGGAUGCUGACCAAAUACGUGUUUGUCGUGCCAUUCGAGCUGCAUGUUCUCAAUAUGCGCUUCACUAACCUGGCCAUUGCCCAAAUACUAUCCCUGCCGCAGGCUAACAAUAUCAAACAGCUCGUGAUGAACGACUUUGUUAGCCUAAACGAGGUUAAGUAUUUCAAACGGCAGACGAAGAUUACAGGAUUCUCGCUGUUCAAACACAUGAUGGGCCCAAUGAGAAAAGAGAUGACAGUUAAAGACUUUAUACUAGACAAACUACUUCUGUGGGUUAGCCCGGCGGAGAGUAAAGUACAUAGCACAGUUCUACGCGCCCUUGCAGUCUAUGGCAUCCAGAACCAAAUCGUCCUAUCCAAGCAGUUUGACGAUCCACUCACUUAUAUACGCUGGUCUACCCUGAUAAAACGGCGCAAUGUAAUACUCUUGGGCGUCCUUCUAUCUCUCAUAAAACGGGAUCUUUCCGCCCACCAAGCCAGCCCACAAACCACAGAGUUAUUACAAAGCAGCUCGGCCGCGCAACUGUCCUUAAGCUUUUGCGACCAACCACUCCUUACGGAAGCAGACCUAGUGGCUAUUAUUCGCUGGACCAUCUGUCGCUUUAGAGCACUAAACAGUCUGCGAAUUGAAAGGGUUGUGCUGUCCGCGCAAGAACGAAGCAAUAUAGCCGCGCGCAAUUAUUUGACCGUCUCCCCGUCCGCACUUCAAAACAUCUACAUUGGGGACAAGUGUUCAUCGGCGGGCCCAUUGGAGCUGACACUCAAGCCGUAUCACCAGAGCCUGGGUGCGUCUGUCGUGCACACGCAUUCCACUACCAUUGCUGUCCCAUCCGCCAUGUUGUGCUACUUUCUCGUCCACCAUGCACAGCCCAACAGCUUCAUUGCCCGAUAUGUUGCUGGCACUGAAUCAUUCUACCAGGGCGGCCAAGCCCCGGGCUCUAAUCCCAGCUGUCUGGUCUGCGGCCAGCACUUUAGCAGAUCUCCGGAGGAGGCAGAAAGUAGUGAUGCUCAACCCGCGGCCAAGAGGUCUAAACUAGACCCCAACCCAUGCGCCGAUGGCAGGAUGCUAUUAUAUUUCAUGUGCGGGCAUUCGGUAUGCAAUGCCUGUGCAGUUCAUAUGGAUGCCAACUUGAUACACACCUGUCCAGCUUGCAAGAGCUCUAUUGCAUUUAAUAGUGUGUACUAUCUUCUAUGUGUUCCUAUAGUGAACUUUAUUGUUGUUGAGGGGUGUAUGGGCAACCCGGCAAAUGAUCUUGUCUGGCUUAAAAGCAUGGCGACACUCAAUGGAUAUAUCUAUUUUUACCUACCCCACAACAACAUAGUCCGCCUUGCUGCCGAACUCAGCAAAGAACCGGCCCAUGCCUCCGCCAACUACAUUCACGUUAUUUGA